CGCCCUCGGGGGCGGGCUCGGCCCGGGGGCAGCGCGCUGGGGACGCAGGCCCGAUGAGGCGCGCGACGGCGGGUGACAGCGGGCGGGGCGGCGGGCGGCGCCGCGUCCACGCCCUCCGCUCGGUGGGGCCGGGAGGGUCCUCCCCCGGCGCGGUGCUCGCGGGGCUCGGCGGGCGAGGCAGCGCUCGGACGCGGCGCCAUGCACGCGCCCCCAGCCUGGCCGCUGUGGCUGCUGCUGCGCCGGCCGCCGGCCUGUCGCGUUCGGGGCCCGCGGCCGGUGCCGACUGACCCGGGGCCGGCGCGACCUUGGGCCGCGGGGCCGUGGCUCCUCGGGGGCGCGGGAGCCGCGCGGAGCCCGCGCCGCUGGGCGAGCAGCGGGCAGCAUGCGGGCGCGGGGGGCCGCGGCGGCGGCGGCGGCGGAGCGGGCCUCGCGCGGCUGCUGUGGCCCGGGGCGCGACCCCCCGGCGCUCUCCUGGCGCCGCGCACGGGGGUCCCGGCUGGUCCAGCAGCGGUCACUGCCCGGGCCGGGAACGAGGCCUGGCGCCGCGGACCGACGUUGCCCUCGGCAUCAGCGCCUGCCCCGAACGAUUCCGGGCUGCGCCCCGCCGGGGCCGGGCGCUCGGAAGCCCAGAAACUCUUGAGGCUGGCGUACCCCGAGCGUUGGAGACUGACAGCUGCAGUUGGGUUUCUAGCCAUGUCCAGUGUGAUCACCAUGUCUGCUCCCUUCUUUCUGGGGAAGAUAAUUGACGUCAUUUAUACCAACCCCACUGUGGAAUACAGCAGCAGCUUGACCCAGUUCUGCCUGGCACUCAGUGGUGUGUUUCUCUGCGGUGCUGCUGCGAAUGGUGUUCGUGUCUACCUCAUGCAAACUUCAGGUCAGCGCAUUGUGAAUAGAUUGAGGGCUUCUCUGUUCUCCUCCAUUCUGAGGCAGGAGGUCGCUUUCUUUGACAAGACGCGCACAGGAGAAUUGAUUAACCGCCUCUCAUCAGACACUGCUCUGCUGGGGCGCUCAGUGACAGAAAACCUUUCCGAUGGGCUCAGGGCUGGGGCCCAGGCUUCUGUUGGCAUUAGCAUGAUGUUCUUUGUCUCACCUACUCUGGCCACUUUUGUUUUGAGUGUGGUGCCCCCAAUAUCUAUCCUUGCUGUGAUUUAUGGACGAUACCUACGGAAAAUGACAAAAAUCACUCAGGAUUCCCUGGCACAAGCCACUCAGCUAGCUGAGGAACGAAUUGGAAAUAUAAGGACUGUUCGAGCUUUUGGUAAGGAAAUGACUGAAAUAAAGAAAUACACCAGCAAAGUGGACUAUGUGAUGCAAUUAGCAAGGAAAGAGUCAUUUGCUCGGGCUGGCUUCUUCGGAGCAACGGGGCUCUCUGGGAACCUGAUUGUGCUUUCUGUCCUGUACAAAGGAGGGUUGCUGAUGGGCAGUGCCCACAUGACAGUGGGUGAACUCUCUUCAUUCCUCAUGUAUGCUUUCUGGGUUGGAGUAAGCAUUGGAGGUCUGAGCUCUUUCUACUCGGAGUUGAUGAAAGGACUGGGUGCUGGGAGCCGCCUCUGGGAGCUCCUUGAGAGAGAGCCAAAGCUUCCCUUUAAUGAUGGAGUUAUUUUAAGUGAGAAGAACUUCCAAGGUGGUUUGGAGUUUAAGAAUGUACACUUCACCUAUCCAGCUCGUCCAGAGGUGCCAAUAUUCCAGGAUUUCAGCCUUUCUAUUCCAUCAGGAUCAGUCACAGCACUGGUUGGCCCCAGUGGUUCUGGAAAAUCCACAGUGGUUUCCCUCCUGCUGAGGCUGUAUGAUCCUCUGUCCGGAACUAUCUGUCUUGAUGGGCAUGAUAUCCGAGAGCUAAAUCCAGUCUGGCUGAGAUCCAAGAUUGGGACAGUGAGUCAGGAACCAGUUUUGUUUUCGUGCUCAAUUGCUGAGAACAUUGCUUAUGGUGCCGAUGAUCCUUCCUUGGUGACUGACAAGCAGAUCGAAGAAGUGGCUGAUAUUGCCAAUGCCGCUGAUUUCAUCCGAAAUUUUCCUCAAGGAUUCAACACUGUGGUUGGAGAAAAGGGCAUUCUCCUUUCAGGUGGGCAGAAACAGCGGAUUGCAAUUGCUCGUGCUCUGCUUAAGAAUCCCAAGAUUCUUCUCCUAGAUGAAGCAACCAGUGCACUAGAUGCCGAGAAUGAGCACCUUGUACAAGAAGCUCUAGAUCGACUCAUGGAAGGAAGAACAGUGUUAAUUAUUGCUCAUCGGCUGUCUACCAUUAAGAAUGCUAAUAUUGUAGCUGUUCUCGACCAAGGCAGAAUUACUGAAUGUGGGAAACAUGAAGAACUUCUUUCAAGACCAAAUGGAAUAUAUAGAAAAUUAAUGAACAAACAGAGGUUUACUUUAGCAUAAAGAAGUUAGAGGGGCUGGAGAGAUAGUAUAGCAGGUAGGACACUUACCUUGCCUUUGGCUGACCCUAUUUCAAUCCCUGGCAUCCUACAUGGUCUGUCAAGCCUGCCAGGAAUGAUCCCUGAGCACAGAGCCAGGAAUAAUCCCUGAGCAUCUCCAGGUGUGGCCCACAAACAAACAAAACACACACAAAAAGGAAUUAUAAGUAAAUUGAAUACAAGAGGCAUUGAUACAAAUCAGCAUUGCAGCCAAGGAGGAGGAAGGGAGACUUAGAGACAUAUAUAAAAUCUAUAAAUCAUACUUCAAGUAUUGAAUAUGCCUAUUUUUUUUCAAAGUGUAUAAAAUAUUGUUUUGAGAUGUACUUGUCCUGAAGCAUUUUUUAUUCAGAGUUUUAAUAAUUGUAACUUUUUAAACAUCUAGAGUGCUGAAGUUAUUUUCAGGUUUAUUUUUUCUUGAAAUAUUUUAAUAUAGCAGGGCACCUCAUUUUCUUUUACCUGCUGUGUAAAUAAAAACUAUUACCAAAUGACAACUUUUAAAAGGGAAUUAUAAAUUAAAAGCCUACUUAUUUUAGGCUAGUUUUCCAGUAACUGUAUCUAACCCUAUUUUAUUCUAAUAAUCUUAUGAUGUGAAACUGACUAAUUUACAUACAGAAGCAUGCUGUAUUCUGAUGACUUUUUAAGGGGGAAAAAAAGCCCCAACCUUUGAAUUGGGGAAACUUAUAUUUUUAUUAUUCAUUUAUUUCUUUUUAUGAGGACUUUGAUGUGAACCAUGAACUGACAGCUAUAACCAAGAAAGAUAUAAAAACAAGUUUUACAUUUACAUUGUAUAAAGAUAGUGUAUUUUGAAAAUUUUAGUUAAAGUAUAUAAUUUCUUGCCAAAUUUUAUGACUUUUUAUCAGCUACUUAAAUAAUUUUGGAGUUUUAUUCAGUAAAACUAAAAUCAGAAAUAUAAGUUGAUGGUUAUAGGUUUAUUUACCUAAAUAUUACAAAAAUUUUAAAAGAACUGGGACUGGAGAGAGAGUACAGCUGGUAGGGUGCUUGUCUUGAAUGUGGCCCACCUGGGUUCAAUCGCCAACAUCACAUAUGGUCCCUGUACACUGCUAGAAGCAAUUCCUGAGUGCAGAGCCAGGAGUAACCCCUGAGCAUUGCUUGGGUGUGCCUCCAAAAAAAUAUUUUUUAACACUAGAUUUGCUAUAUUCAUACUGAUGCUGUUAAUUUGCUGUUAACCAAGAAAAUGUCCUUUAAAAUUUCAUUUGUUUGGUCUUUUGGGGACCACAAAACUGGUGGUGCUCAAGAUUUAAUCCUGUUUCUAUGCUCAGUAAUGAAUCCUGGUGGGGUUAAGGGGACCAUACAGGGUGACAGGAAUUGAACCUGGUGGGGCAGGCUCUCUAGUACUAUUGCUCUGACCUGAAAAUGUGCUUUUCUAUAAUGAUGAUGACAGAAUCUAAGAAAUACUUUGUUGAUGUGAUUGAAAGUUCUCUGAUGCAUUGGUUCCCUGAUUAUAUUGAAAGAAGAACCCAUUAUUUUAUGAUAAAUCUGAAGUAUUAUAUACUACUUGUUGUAAGGGAUACAUAAAUACAUAAAUAUGUAUUUAUUCAUAUAAAUGAAUAAAAUUGAUUCAUUGAAUAAAAUUAGUAUUCUUUGAAUUAGUGAAUAGUAUUAAUCAGUGACAGGCAUCUUUAGAAGCUUUAUCUGUAUUCUCUAUGUGGUUUGCUAUUUUGGUGUUUCUCAAAAAGCAUACAAAACUAUUUUAGGGUUUUAUCUGAGAGAAAUUUCUUUGUGCCAUAAAAAUAUUUACAAAAGAAUUAGAUUAUUAUAUUUGGUUUUCUAAUACAGUGUGCUCAAUUGUGUCUUCAAUGUUUUUAUAUCAUGGAUUAAAUGUUUAGUGAACUCUGA